CGGGGACGCGGCGCGCCGCCACGCAGUGCAAAUCGGGAAAAGGCUGCUGAGCUGGGCUGGCUUCCGUCGGGACAGCGAAGGCUGCUUCUCCUCCGGGUUGUUGGGAGAUGGGCCUUUGGCGAGGAGGUCGGCGGGGGUGACGCGCGCCCGGGACCACGAGAAAAUGUACUUGUAAUGAGAUACAGUGUUCCUUGUGAAAGUAGAAAAGUAAAAAGUAAUUCAUCAUGCCUGCUGUGGCUUCAGUUCCUAAAGAACUCUACCUCAGUUCUUCACUUAAAGACCUCAAUAAGAAGACAGAAGUUAAACCAGAGAAAAUAAGCACAAAGAGUUAUGUGUUUAGUGCCCAGAAGAUCUUCAAGGCAGCAGAGGAAUGCAGAUUGGAUCGUGAUGAGGAAAGGGCUUAUGUACUCUACAUGAAAUAUGUAACUGUUUAUAAUCUCAUCAAAAAAAGACCUGAUUUCAAGCAGCAGCAGGACUACUUUCAUUCAAUGCUUGGACCUGCAAACAUCAAAAAAGCUAUUGAAGAAGCUGAAAGACUCUCUGAAAGCCUUAAACUAAGGUAUGAGGAAGCUGAGGUUCGGAAAAAGCUUGAAGAAAAAGACAGGCAGGAGGAAGAGCAGCUGCAGCAACAGAAAAGACAGGAAGCGGGAAGAGAGGAUGUUGGCACUUCUGCUAAGGGUUCUGUGGAGACUAUGUCGGAUCCCAAGAACAAAAUCCAAAAGAUCAAUGGUGAACAGAGUGAAAAAAGUGAGACCACAGAGACAGGAUCAAUCACAGCAAAGGAACUGUAUACAAUGAUGAUGGAUAAAAACAUCAGCUUGAUUGUAAUGGAUGCUCGGAGAAUGCAGGAUUAUCAGAAUUCUUGUAUUUUGAAUUCUCUCAGUGUUCCUGAAGAAGCCAUCAGUCCAGGAGUCACUGCUAGUUGGAUUGAAGCAAACCUCCCAGAUGAUUCUAAAGACACAUGGAAGAAGAGGGGGAAUGUGGAAUAUGUGGUGCUUCUUGACUGGUUUAGUUCUGCAAAAGAUUUACAACUUGGAACAACUCUGCGGAGUCUCAAAGAUGCACUUUUCAAGUGGGAAAGUAAGACUGUCCUGCGCAAUGAGCCUUUAGUUUUAGAAGGAGGCUAUGAAAACUGGCUGCUUUGCUAUCCUCAGUUUACAACAAAUGCGAAAGUCACCCCACCCCCACGAGGCAAGAAUGAAGAGGUGUCUAUCUCAUUGGAUUUUACUUAUCCCUCAUUGGAAGAAUCAGUUCCUUCAAAAGUUACUGCCCAGGUGCCAACACCUCCUAUAGAAGUGGAUGAAAGCGUAGAACUGAUAAAUGAUCAAGAAGGGAGAAUGGGACCACUGAAUAUAUCAACUCCAGGUGAACCUGUUGCUGCUUCCAAAGGUGAUAUUGCACCCAUAAUUCAGCCUGUGCCUAUUAAAAAGAAUAUUCCACAGAUUGACCGUACUAAAAAACCUACAGUCAAAUUGCCUGAAGAUACUAGAGUGAAAAAUGAGAAGACGGACCAUGAACAACACUCUGCCCUGGAUGGAAAAGUCAUUCCCGAUCGUUCCACCAAGCCAGUGCUCCCCCCUCCAGCUGCCAUGUUAACAGAUGAAGAAAAGGCGCGCAUUCAUGCAGAAGCUGCUCUUCUAAUGGAGAAAAGCAGACAAGAGAAAGAGCUUCGGGAAAAGCAGCAGGAAGAGCAGAAAGAAAAACUGAAGAGGGAGGAGCAAGAACAGAAAGCCAGAAAGAAACAAGGAACUGAAGAAAAUGAAAUCACAGAGAACCAACAAAAAGCGCAAGAACAAAUGGAGAAGAGAGAAAGUGAACAGGCUGAGAAGGAAGAAAAAGAAAUUUCAGCAAAGAGGGGCAAAGAAGUAACAGGAAUAAAAAGACAAAGUAAAAGUGAACAUGAAACUUCUGAUGCUAAGAAAUCUGUGGAAGACAGGGGGAAGAGAUGUGCAACGCCUGAAGUGCAGAAAAAGUCCACGGGAGACUUGCCCCCUGCAUCAGUGACCGGAGAUUCAAGUUCGGGCAAGGCUCAACGAGAACCUUUGACAAGAGCAAGAAGUGAAGAAAUGGGGAGGAUUGUGCCAGGACUGCCUUCCGGCUGGGCCAAGUUUCUUGACCCUAUCACUGGAACCUUUCGUUAUUAUCAUUCACCCACCAACACUGUUCAUAUGUACCCACCGGAAAUGGCUCCUUCAUCUGCACCUCCUUCCACCCCUCCAAUUCAUAAAGCCAAGCCACAGAUUCCUGCUGAACGGGAUAGGGAACCGUCCAAACUGAAGCGCUCCUACUCCUCCCCAGAUAUAACCCAGGUCAUCCAAGAAGAAGAAAAGAGGAAGCCAACAAUGACUCCAACAGUUAAUCGGGAAAAUAAGCCGACAUCCUAUCCUAAAGCUGAGAUCUCAAGACUUUCUGCUUCUCAGAUUCGGAACCUCAAUCCUGUGUUUGGAGGCUCUGGACCAGCCCUCACAGGACUCCGUAAUCUAGGAAACACUUGUUACAUGAACUCAAUACUGCAGUGCCUGUGUAAUGCCCCACAUUUGGCAGACUACUUCAACCGAAACUGUUACCAGGACGAUAUUAACCGGUCAAAUUUAUUGGGGCAUAAAGGUGAAGUGGCUGAAGAAUUUGGAAUAAUCAUGAAAGCUCUGUGGACGGGGCAGUAUAGAUAUAUCAGUCCGAAAGACUUUAAAAUCACCAUUGGGAAAAUCAACGAUCAGUUCGCAGGGUACAGCCAGCAAGAUUCCCAGGAACUGCUCCUGUUCCUCAUGGAUGGUCUCCAUGAAGAUCUAAACAAAGCUGAUAAUCGGAAGAGACAUAAAGAAGAAAAUAAUGAUCAUCUCGAUGACUUUAAGGCUGCAGAAUACGCUUGGCAGAAGCACAAGCAGCUCAAUGAAUCUAUUAUUGUCGCACUUUUUCAGGGUCAGUUCAAAUCCACAGUACAGUGCCUCACCUGUCACAAAAAGUCCAGGACUUUUGAGGCCUUCAUGUAUUUGUCUCUACCACUAGCAUCCACAAGUAAAUGUACGCUUCAGGAUUGCCUUAGAUUAUUUUCCAAAGAAGAGAAACUUACAGAUAACAACAGAUUCUAUUGCAGUCAUUGCAGAGCUCGCCGUGACUCCUCAAAAAAGAUAGAAAUCUGGAAGCUGCCACCUGUGCUGUUGGUGCAUCUGAAACGUUUUUCCUAUGAUGGCAGGUGGAAGCAAAAAUUACAGACAUCUGUGGACUUCCCAUUAGAAAAUCUUGACUUGUCACAGUAUGUCAUUGGCCCAAAGAACAAUUUGAAGAAGUAUAACUUGUUUUCUGUUUCAAAUCACUACGGCGGACUGGAUGGAGGCCACUACACUGCCUACUGUAAAAAUGCAGCAAGACAGCGGUGGUUCAAGUUUGAUGAUCAUGAAGUUUCUGACAUCUCUGUUUCUUCUGUGAAAUCUUCCGCGGCUUACAUCCUCUUUUAUACUUCACUGGGAUCACGAGCAACUGAUGUAGCCACAUAAGGAUGUGGCUCAUGACGUAGGUGAUGAGCUAGUUACUUUUUAAAAGGCUCAGCAACACAACUCUUGAAAUACUUACAAAGGUAAUGGAAAGGUAAAGCUGGACACGUAGAGGGAUUCUGGAACCGUAAGAGCUGUGUUACUUGCCCUAUAGAAGUCAGACCAGUGCUACUAUCAAAAAGAGACAAAUAACACCUAAGUAUUGCAGUAAGCAUCCCUUAUAGGUACCAUUUAUUGCAAAAAUUUUUUAGUUUGCUCCAAAGUUAAGGUAAUGAACUAGCUAAGCAGUUAUUCUACUGGCCUAACACCCCUUGUAACCUUCAUUUUCCUUUUCACUGUUAUGGCCUUUUCACAUUUCUAAUCCCAGCUUGAUCUAUGAAUACUCUGUACCGAGAUAAGGCAGGUAGGAAUGUACGUGUACAUAUUUAUUGCACACUUGCACAUCCAAUCAAUGUACAUAGUGUAACAUGUGGGCCUUUUGUGGAGCCUAGACCGCAGACAAUUGCUUUUUUUGUUUUCUUCAUUUAACCUAUUUUGAGUAACUGCAAUGCUUUCUUAGGGAAAUGACAGGGCAAAGCUAUUUUUUUGUUGGCUUAGGGCUGUAUUUGUGCACUAAAUCUUUAAAAUAUAAAUGGAAACUUUCUUUAAUUUUUUAAAAUGAAAAUUUCAUUUACACCUACAUUAAAAUCUUAAUGAAAAAAAUUUUAAA